CCUGCCUGCCGGCCCCAGGCCGUCUCCGGAGAUGGCGAGCGCGGCGGCCCCUGCAGCGCCCUCCCUUUCCCCGCCUCUGGAGCAGCUGCGGCAUUUAGCCGGGGACCUGCGGCUACUCUUGCCCGGAGUGCGGGUGGGCGAAGCCCUGGAGACCGCCAAGGAGUUCAGCCGGGAGACGUUUUGGCGCCGACUCAAUGAGGCAGCUGAGACGGUGUCCAGGGAAGCCACGACUCUCACCGAAGUCUUCGCUCGACUCCCGCGGCCACCGCCGUCCGCGCAGGAAGCCCAGAGGCUCUGUGAACAAGUCCAUGCUGCCAUCAAGGCAAUUAUUGCAGUAUACUAUUCGCUUCCCAAGGAUCAGGGAAUCACUCUGAGGAAGCUGGUUCGGAGCGCCACUUUGGACAUCGUGGAUGGCAUGGCUCAGCUUGUGGAAGUGCUUUGCACCACUCCAGCUCAGAGCCCUGAGAACAAUGACCUUAUUUCUUGCAACAAUGUCUGGGUUGCGUGCGAGCAGGUGCCUCAGAUACCAAGAGAUAACAAAGCUGCAGCCCUUUUAAUGCUGACAAAGAGUGUGGAUUUAGUGAAGGAUGCACAUGAGGAAAUGGAGCAGGCUGUGGAAGAAUGUGACCCUUACCAUGGCCUCUUGAAUGAUGAUGAGAACAACUCUGACAACCAUGGUGAUGAACAGGAUGAUGUGUUGGGGUGUCCAAACAAUCAGGACUCAUAUUGGUCAGAGGAAGAUCAAGAGCUGAUAAUCCCGUGCCUUGCGCUGGUGAGAGCAUCCAAAGCCUGCCUGAAGAAAAUCCGGAUCUCAGUGGCAGAGAAUGGGAAGAAGGACCAGGUGGCCCAGCUGGAUGACAUUGUGGAUAUUUCUGAUGAGAUCAGCCCUAGUGUGGAUGAUUUGGCUCUAAGUAUAUAUCCACCUAUGUGCCACCCGACUGUGCGAAUGAGUGCUGCAAAACUUGUGUCUGUUCUAAAGAAGGCACUUGAAAUUACAAGAGCGAGUCAUGUAACCCCACAACCAGAAGAUAGUUGGAUCCCUUUACUCAUUAAUGCUGUUGAUCAUUGCAUGGACAGAAUCAAGGAACUCACUCAGAAUGAACUUGAAUUAUGAGUUUUCAGGCUCAUUUGUACUCUCCUCUCUCCUUUUCUUACUGUCACAGCCAGGCUCUGAUGUCUGCUUUUAAAAUGGGGCUAGAAUGUUUUCUGGUUUGAAAAGGAGUUUCUGUCUAUAUUUAUCAAGAGGCACUAUUACCAAAGAUUGUUGGUUAGGCCAGACUGGCAAUUAUUUAUAAAACGUAUGAGUAUGAUAUAUUUUUCUGUGCUAGCUUCAAAAGAUAAUGGCAUGAUUUUGUGUUUCUUAAUCUCCUCCCAGAGAUUCCUGGGGAAGCUGCCUCAUUCCCUAUUUGCAAUAAAGUAUAUUGAUUCAUUGUUAAAGAUGUUGACAAUCUCAAUAAAAUACUAACCUGCCAGUGCUUAAA